AUGAGCUUCACCGGGCUUGCUCCGCCACCGUUUUUCCUUCCGACGCCCGGCCGUCCGUCAUUGCCAUGGAAGCAGUGGGAGCAGAUGUUCAACGUGUACUUGCUGACAUCCGGAGCCGCCGCAUUCAAGCCGGAGCCACGCAAGGCUAUUCUUUUGCAUUGUUUGGGGGCGGAGGGCCAGCGUAUUUAUCAGGCGCUACAUGCAGGCACCAGCGCUGCAGCACCCGCCGCGCCAAGUGCCGCAACACUUGCCGAUGACAAGUCUGUCGCGGCCCCUCCUGACGAAUACGACUCUGCACUCGCCGCAUUACGGCACCAGUUUUCGACGUCGCGCAACGUUAUCAUCGAGCGGCAUCGCUUUCACCGCCGCAGCCAACACAAAGGCGAGUCCGUUCAUGACUUUGUUGCCGCUCUACGGGAGCUAGCGUCACAUUGUUCGUUUGCCUCGCAAGACGACGCGUUGCGGGACCAAUUCGUUGCCGGCGCAGCUUCCACUCGCGUACGUGAGCUGUUCGAGGGUGCCGCACUUUCAUACGAGAAUUCUGUUCGAAUUGCACUUCAGUUUGAGCAGGCGGCUGAAGGGCUAAAGGAGCUGUCUGCGUCGGUCGAAGCAAUUUCAUUGCGGCAGCCUCGAAAACCAUCGUCGCAUUCUUCGAAAAAAAGGAAUUCACAACCGGCAGUCACCUUAGAGCAGAAUUUAACGAGGAGCGCGGGCGGCUCACGUGCGUCGCAGCGGAACUUCCCCCCUCAGCGGAACCGAGAACAGAUCGAGUAGCCGCUCCGGCUCGCCACUUUGUUUCCGAUGCGGCUCGCGGAACCACAUCGCGUCAGCGCCGCAGUGCCCAGCGCAUGGCAAGACUUGUUCGUUUUGCGGUCGCAACGGCCACUUUCAAAGGGUAUGCAACCGCAGGCUAACCCAAAUGCAAGGCCGAGUCCGUGAAGUUGAGUUUCAUGAAGAUGUUUCGUCUUCCAGCAGUGCUGAGGAAGUUUUGACUGUGCAGCGUUCCGCGCGCAGUGGAAUUCAUAUUCAA